GCAGUGUUUUGGACUAUUAUGUAAAUUAAAAGAGAAGGAUGCAGGCAAAGGGAGCCAUUUUGUCAGGUUGCAGUUUGGCCGGAAGGCAGCAGGUGGCGCUGGUCAGCCAGAGGGCGGAGCGGCUGAGUAGCUUCCCGCCGCUUUUGCCUCUAAGAGGAUUCCCGCCAUUCUGGGAAAGAAGGAAGGCAGGAAGGAAGGAAGGCGGGCGGGCGGCAGCAGAGAUGUCGAAGAAAAGGGGUUUGAGUGCUGAAGAGAAGAGAACUCGAAUGAUGGAAAUCUUCUUUGAAACAAAAGAUGUAUUCCAGUUAAAAGACAUUGAAAAAAUUGCUCCCAAAGAGAAAGGAAUCACUUCUAUGUCAGUGAAGGAGGUCUUACAGAGCUUAGUUGAUGAUGGGAUGGUGGACAGUGAUAGGAUUGGGACUUCCAAUUAUUUUUGGGCUUUUCCAAGUAAAGCUCUUCAUGCAAGAAGACGUAAACUGGAGGAACUACAGACUCAGGUAAUUCAGUUCUCAGAGUUUUGCCAGAAGAAAAAUAUCUUAGAAGAAAGCAUUGAGAAGUCAAAAAUUGGACGCCAAGAUACUGCAGAACGUGCUGCAUUAACAAAGCAACUUGCUGCCCUUCGACAAAAGAAAGAGCAGCUAAAGGCAGAAAUAGAUAAAUACAAAGAAUGUGAUCCAGAUGUUGUUGAAGAAAUCCGUCAAGCAAACCAAGUAGCUAAGGAAGCAGCCAACAGAUGGACUGAUAAUAUCUUUGCAGUAAAAUCUUGGGCCAAACGGAAAUUUGGAUUUGAAGACAGUAAAAUUGACAAAACCUUUGGUAUUCCAGAAGACUUUGACUACAUUGAUUAGUUACGUUUAGAAAAGAUGGCAGAUAAUUUAAUAUUGUUCAAGAGUUUUUCAUUGUGAAGUUUAUUUUAUUUUCUUUCCAAUUGUUAUCAGUAUUUUGGUUAAUAAAAGCUGAAAGUGCAUUCAAACCUCUUUUUUACAUUCACUUCCUAGUCAUUCUGACUUGAACUAAAGACUACCGAUGAGGAAGCCCACAGAUAUAAGAAAUAAAUGAAUGACACACAGAGGGGGAUGGGGAAGGCAGAGACUCUGUGAUACUGUCCUAAUACUUCUCAAAUAUAUUUGAAAAAUGAAAUUUAAGUAGAUUAGCUGUUGUUACAAAUUUUGGAAUAUGUGGUUGCAUUAAUUGGAAUUAUUGUUAUCUCAUUUAUCAGAUAAAACCUUUUAAAAAUCUUAGACUCAAAAGACAUGACACAAAAGGAAGUGAGAAAGAAAGGUUGAAGGAAAAAAAGGAAAGUUGCCACUGUUGUUGAAUGAAUGGACAGUUUACAUGUUUCAUACAGUACAUAUUCUCCAUAUUCAUCUCCUUAAGGAGAUGAGUCUCCUUGUAGUUUAGUCAUCAUUCCUAAGCAAUGAUGUAGGAUGUCAGAAUUAUUUUAAAAAGCCAGGUAGGCGCAGAUAAUGAAACAAUUCAAAUUAUCUUAAAGCAGAAAUUAUUUAGUAAUUUUUUUUAUAUCCCGCCUUUCUCCGGAUAGAGGGACACAAGGUGGCUAACAACAAAUUUAAAACAGUACAAGUUAAAAACAACACAAAUGCAUUAAAUUGUAGAUGCAGAGUUUUAAAAACAACCAAUUUCAAAAAGUUAUAAACAUUACACAUUAAAAGUUGACAUGCAUACAAUCUAUACAAUCCCCAAAACUGCCAUGUAUGCUCCUUUGAAAAAUCUGAAAAGGUAUUAUUCUGGGACAAGGAGAAAAUGCAGUGAAUAUGUAGAAAUUACAAUCCACAAACAACUGCAUGGAACAUGUAGCACAACUAUUAUACACUGGAAAUAAUUGUUUCACCACAUUAACUGUCCAUUUCAGGAGCUAUAAGGUGUUGUCCUCAGUUGUUUUAUGGAACUUGUUUUGCACAAUAAAUGCAAAGUAAUUGCAAGCC